GCUCAUUGCAUUCUCACGACAGACAUGCGCCACGAAACUACGCUCGCUAAACCAACAGAGGAGGAGCUGUGGAUUGAGGUCAUUGAAAAGCCUGAGGAUGUCAUCGCAGGUUUUGACUGUGCUGCAAAUGCGUUUGGUAAACAGACCCACGACGCAAUUUGGAUAGCCACGAAUCCAGAAUGGGACAAAGACGGCCCUGAUGGUCGAACGCGUGCUGCGGCACGUCUGGUUGAACAGUGGCGUCGCACAACUUACGAUAGUGAUGGCAAUGCGAAUACUAUCUUUCUGAAAGCCACUCUUCCUGGCGAAGGUCGUCGUAUCGUUGCGGGGAUCGCUAUUUGGACACAAUUCUCUAUGGUAGAGGGUCGCGGUGCUCGGCCACCAGACGACCCAAUUGAAACUCUAGGACUAGAAAAGAUCUACCCAGACGACGAAGUCGAACAACGCUAUCUGGGCCAACUUUUUCGCUCCUUCUUAAAACGUCGCGGCGAGGUCAUUAGAGAAAAAGAGGCAUCCCAACCGCCGUCGCUGAUGCACCUUGAAUUAUGUGCUGUAGAUCCAGCUUACCAACGGAAAGGCAUUGCGUCCAAACUUGUUCAAUGGGGCCUUGAUGAAGCGCGACGCCGUGGCGGUUUAGAGGCCACCACAGAGGCAUCUAGUAUGGGACGUCUUGUAUACAAACGUCUAGGCUUUUAUCCUGAAGGCCCAGAUGUCAAUUACCAUGUUGAUGACGAGUUUAUGUCACGAGAAAGACCACCUAAUCUCUUUAUGCGUACGGGCACCAGUCAUUAGCGAUAUUUAUCGUUUAAGAAUUGCGAGAUACUUCACAAUACAUUAUGACUUUUUGGCGGAUUACACUUUGGGUUUGUGGAUGAAUAAAGCAACUUAGUCCACUAGAUUAUAGUUAAGUAAAGCAUCUCCUUGGGUCAUUGUUAAGAAUGGAAACAAGAUAAAAACCAGGUCAUUGUCUCCUAAGCUGGGAAGGACAACGUUGUACAUGGGACAA